AUGGCCGAUAUCUUGAAGGGUGGAACCGCUGUAGUCAUUGGAGCAGCUUCCGCACUGGGAGAGGCAACCUCGCUUCACUUUGUUCGAGAUGGUUGUCGAAAAGUGGUGUUGGGAGACAUUGCCGAGCAACGACUUGCGGAGCUCCGCACUCGCAUCCUUACUCAAUAUCCCGAUGCCGAAAUCGUGAUUGCGAGAGUCGACGUCGGAAACGAAGACGACGUGAGCGCCUUUUUCGAACUCUCAGUGCAGAAGUUUGGCCGUAUUGAUUUCGCCGUCAACAUCUCCAAUGCGGAGCAUCGCGGUGCACUUUCCAUCGAUGCCCCGUCCGAGGAUUUCCAGAGCGCGUACGAGAACAUUCUACGGCCGACCUUCCUUUGUGAGCGAGCCGAGCUCCUCCAGAUGUCGAAACAGGAGCUUCUCAAAGGCUACCAAUGUCGCGGCAGUAUUGUCAACGUGACCAGCCUCUGUUCAACCAUUGCAUUCCCUGGUUUGACAGCAUACUCCGGCACGCAGGGUGGCAUUCUGGGGAUGAGCAAGACCGACGCCUUCGACUUUGGCCCGCAUGGAAUCCGGGUGAAUUGUGUGGCACAUGGGAACCUGGUCACUUCCAUGCUGGAUUCGGCUAUGGGGGAAGAAGAGCGGCAAACGUGGGCUACCAAAACGGCGCUCCGUCGGCUUGGGCGAGCGGAAGAUGUUGCUAAUGCUGUUGUGUGGCUUUCUUCUCCGCGAGCUGGUUACAUUACUGGCAUUUCAUUGCCGGUCGAUGGUGGAUUCGCCAUCGCAACGGGGCCGCCUUGA